GGUACCAUAGUCUUAACUCCACUAUCUCGUCGUUAGGGUAUGACUAUAUGACUUAUCAUCAGCGAUUAUACUAUUCGAACGGAACACUAACCAAAUUUUCAACUCAGAUCUCAAGAUUCACUUCCUAAGAAGCUGUUCAUGUCCCACGACCAAUACCAAUUCAACAAACCACACACCAACAACGACUAUGAUAACGCAUUAAUAAAAAAGCUAGACUCCCGAAGGACCUUUGAUAAUAAGUCGCCGCCUCGACGGCCCAGCCUUAGUACUUCUGUCAACAACCCGGUUUCCAGUCUGACCACGGCUGACCACCGUUUACAUCCUCAACUUACACCACUCUCCCUUCCUAUCCGACCAAGCAAUAAGUUUGUUAUCGACUCCCCGGGUCGUUACACGGACACACCUCUGCAGUCUGCACUCUCACCACGUGGUCCACCAUCUUUUUACGGGGCCUCCAGUAGCGAAUAUCGCUCUCCCAUAGAGCCCAUUGAUAUGGACCGGUCGCCCUUUUCGCGGACAAGAAGGAACAACAGUGGCUCGUUACCCGACGAUGCAACGGUAUCUACGCAUAGUAGUUAUGAUAACAAUGGAGACGACACCGAUUUUCCUAUGGAGGACCGGUCACAGGUAGAGGACUAUACAUCGCGUUCGGAACAUCAAGCUAUUGGGCAAAAGAGGCGGGCAUCUUCACCGCUUGGCGAUGAUCUCCCAAUGCAGGGUAUGCCUGGUUCAUGCGACCCAUUACGUCGUCGCGAGGGAGCAUCGAGAGCGUCGCCGACACCACGUCUCAGCGGCAUCCCUUCGGGCUCUAUACCCUCUGUUCCGUCUACCACCCGGAGUGGAUCCUUUGCUUCCACUGUCUCGCUUGCUACUAAUCUUUCAAGUAUGAAUUCAUUUGCCGCGAGAUCCCCCGGUGGUUUAUCCAGUGGAGGACUUUCCCCUGUUGAUGUCGUUUCGAAUUCUCCGUAUAGCAUGCCCAAUUCUCUUGGUCACUCGCCACGCACUGCACUUGCGCGUGUGCCGCAUCAACGAAAUUUGAGCAAUGAAACACGGCGUCUUGCGUCGCCACGCAAGGUGAGCGAAGUGUCCAAAGCUGGCAUUUCCAAGAUACCUGGAGGUUUUUAUAUGUGUGAAUGUUGUCCUAAAAAGCCCAAAAAAUUCGAGACACAGGAAGAACUAAGUGCACAUGAGGCGGAGAAACAAUACGAAUGCUCGUUUUGCGGCAAUCGUUUCAAAAACAAGAAUGAAGCCGAACGCCACCAAAACAGUCUCCACGUUAGGAGACAUAGUUGGUCCUGUUCGGCGUUACUCAUGUCGAGAUAUGACCGCGCUUUUCAUGAGAGCUCCAAUCGGCCAGGAGAGGCCGACACAUGUGGUUACUGCGGAGAAGAAUUCGAGCGCCACGGCGGAGUUGGGCGUCCACGACAACCAACAGAACAAGAUUGGGAAGAACGGUUAAGGCAUCUCCAGGAAGUGCAUAAGUUUCGUGAGUGUAACUCGAGCAAGAAAUUUUACCGGGCAGAUCAUUUUCGACAACAUUUGAAGCACAGCCACGCGGGAACUAGUGGUAAAUGGACGAAUAUGUUGGAAAACGCAUGCAUGCUCGAUGAAGAACCCCCGCAACCAGCGAGAUGAGCGAAUUGAACGGACUAGCAAUGACGGGAUUGGGUAGCAAUACUGCGC